AUGGGCAACGACAUCGGAGUCCAAGAAAUAGUCGCAGAGCUUCCCAGCUCUGCAACUCUACCGGUGAAACGGAUAUGGUAUCGUCGGGUUUUCUUCCAGGCGACAAUCGUGGGAUUUUGUGCAUUUCUUGCACCUGGCCUCUACAAUGCAAUGCAAUCAACAGGAGCGGGCGGAGCACAGACUCCGUAUCUUGUCAUGGGUGCGAACGCAGUUCUCGGAGUUAUGAUGGUCAUCACUUGUUCUCUUGGAAGUGUGGUCGCGAACAGGAUCGGUUUGAAGAAUGCGUUGAUCUUUGGCACCACGGGCUACUGUAUCUACGCUGCAGCUUUGUAUACCAAUAAUCGCUACGGGACAGAGUGGUUUGUCUAUUUCGGAGCUGCCGCUUGCGGUAUCACUGCUGGUAUUUUCUGGGCCGCAGAAGGUGCCAUCAUGAUCAGCUAUCCUGUCGACUCUCAAAGAGGCCGAUAUUUGGCCUACUGGCUUGCAUACCGUAAUGGUGGUUCCAUCGUUGGUGGCAUCAUCAACCUCGCUUUCAAUUACACUGGGAAAGCGACUGGAAAGCUCGACUGGAGAACAUAUCUCGUUUUUGUUGCUCUUCAAUGUAUUACCCCCUUCGUGGCACUUCUCUUGUCACCGGCAGACAAGGUUCAGCGAAGUGACGGAAAAGCUGUCGAAACCGCCGAAAGAAUCCAUACCCUGGAAGAGCUGAAGGAAGUUGGCAAAAUUCUUGUCCGAAAGGAUUUCCUCCUAGUUGUUCCCUUUUUCUUCUACGCCACAUUCCUCUUGUCUUAUGCUGGAUCUUUUCUGUCCCUUUACUUCAGCGUUAGAUCGCGAGCGUUAGCUUCCCUUGUGUCUGCUCUAGCUCAGAUAGCGGCCAACAUCUUGUUCGGAAGCUUCCUUGAUUGGAAACGCUUCUCGUUGCGACAACGCGCUAUAAUUGCAUACGUCUUCAUGAUGACGCUUUUUGGCGGUACCUGGGUGUGGGGAGCAGUUGUGCAGCAUGAGUACGGCCUCAAUAAGCCAGCUUUGGACUGGGAUGACGCUGGUUUUGGCCGCGGAUGGGCGUUGUACAUUAUCCUGCAGGUGAAUUUGGAUCCGGCCGAGAUCGUUCGCCUAACCUCGACCGUUCGCGCUGUAGAGGCAGCUGGAGGAGCUGUUGCAUCGGGAAUCAGCUCUACCAAAGCACCCUUACUUGCAGCGUUGGGUGUAAACUUUGGCCUCUGGGCUGUCGCAGUGAUCCCAACAUACUUCGUUGUUCGCACCGUCGGGACUGGAAAAGGGUUUGAGAGGACAGAAAGGGCUGAUUCAGAUGAGACUGAUAGCACGAAGUGA